AGAUGUUCAAGAGCGACUUGGAUCCUUCAAAAAAAUAAGCCAGCACCUAAAUAGUUCUUGUUUUUUUGUGAAAUCCAGUGUAACCCCUCAUAGUGGACAGCUCACUAAUGAGAACCUGAAACCCGCCCCUCAGCGCUCCGGCUGCCGCCGUCCCUGAAGAUCUUUGUUUUUCUGCUGCUGCCAGGAACUUCGCUGUUGUCAUGGGCUGCAGCUGCACGCACGCAUUCAGAGAAACACAAAUCCAGGAGAAGAUCAUUUAGAGUCUUUGUUGACACAGCGUGAGCGCUGUCAUACACAUAUACAUGCCAACAAACAGAAACAAUAAAAAAACAUGCAGUGCUUUAGUAAAAACCAACAACUUUACCUCAUCAUGUAUAAAUGAAACGAUGAAGGAAAGAAGAGGCUGUGAAGAGAAUCAAGCGAGUGAGACAAGCUGCAACGUGAGACGUGUUGUUUGCUGUAGCUGAGGUGCAGCUGGACAGCAGAUGCACUUUUCAUCAGGUUUUAUCGAUCUCAUCUUGUCCAAACUAACUGCUAUUGUCUCACUACAGUGUUGUUAUCUCAUACAGUACAUCGAGCUGCAUGACACCCUCAGUCCCCUGGGAGUCAGCCUCUCUAAGGACAAGCACCUCAGUCAGUUAGGUCUUUCCCAGCCAAGCCAAGCCAGCCCUCCUCACUUAAUCGUAGUAGCUCAGUUCAGGGGGAGCAGAACAGCAGCAAAGACGAGAAAUAAAAAUGAGUGAAUCUGAAGCCAAUCCACAAAUACUGGUGAACGGUGAAGGACGGGAGCAGCAGGAGGACGAAGCCGCUGCAGCAGGAGGGCAGAGCUCCUCCGUCAGUCCGGUCCCGGAAGGUUUGGAGGACGGCAUCGCUUCAGAAAAGGAGACGCAAGCAAAAAUGCAGGCUGUUUUCCAACAGGUGCGUACCCAGAUCAGAUCACAAAUGGGUGUGAUGGCCCCAAAGAGCAGCUUACUGGAGCUGAUGCAAAGAGUCAAAGACUUGGAGGUAAAGACUGCACAGGUGAGCGACGAACCUGAGGAGAAGGAACAAGCAGAGACGCUGACAGAUGAGAGCAAAGGUGAGAUGGAUCUGAAGCAGGAGGAGCUGUGUGCAGCUUUCGAAAGAAAGCUCGAGGAUUGUAAGAAGGCUUUGAGGGAUGAGUUUGAAGUGCAGAUUUCUCAGGUGCGUGUGGAAAUGCAGGCCUACACUGACCAGACUCUGAGAGAUUUGGAGUGUAAGAUGCAGAGCCGGCAACCUCAGCAUCCCAAAGAGCAACAAGAAGGCAAAGAUGCAGACAAGAAACAGAAACCAGCAACAGCAGCUCCUCCUCCACUGGCGUCCAGAAGAGGAAGAGUCCUGACACGGACCAUGACCACCAUCAUCCCUAAGACGUGCGCCCCCAUCAUCGUCGGCCCACGAGCCAAAUCAGAGACUCUGAGCUCCUCAAAGGGUGAAAGCUCCCGACUUCUGCGGAGAAACCAGGUGCUCCCACCACCAGGCAACAAGCUGCACCAGAGCCACAAGCCGCUGGCCCCACCUGCUUACCCCCCACUGCACCAGCUCAGAAAACCUGUCCGGGCAAAAGCCAAAGCAGGGAACUGAGUCAGCUGAGGAGACAAAAGGAAACGCGUGCAGCUGGCCUGAAAACAAACCUGCACUGAGGUCACGUUUGUAAAAAGGACCUCAUAUUGCUUGUUGCUGUACCUGCUGUUGCCUCACUUUCAGCCAUAUCACCAGCUUUCUGUAGAAAGAGAAAGAAAGUUUGAAAGCUGCAUUUAAAAUCGUAAAAAUAAAUAAAGCACCUUGUGAGAGUUUGAAAAGUGGUUUCCCAUUCACUUCAAUGCAUCCAGAGCAUUUUUGCAUGAAGUAACUUAUGCUAAA